AUGUCUGUUAAAAAUGCUAUACAAAAAACCCCUGACUUGACUAUAGGAUUUCUAGGCAUCACCUCAGACAGCGACCGGAUGCAAGCUUCACUGCCUCUCGGAAAAAUCAAUAAUUUCAGAGAGGUCGAGAGAAAAUCAAAUGGAGUAGAAGACCUGUUGCUUCGACUUGGUCUGAAGAAGAAAUAUGAAGACAAACUUACCAGCACACACUUUCUUGAAAUAUCCAAAUCCACUUUAGAGUACAAAGAGCCCAGUAAAGAGAACGAACUGGUUCAUGUUUUCAUGCAACGGCUUUUGACAGGAGAUUACAGAGCAAGACACAUCUCUGUCAGAAACGAAACCAACGUACCUAAAUCUCUGACAGGAGCUAAAGGAGGUGCUUUUGCUGCUCUUUGUAAAAAACAGGAUGUAAAGACUGAAAGGAAACAGGCUGAGAUUCACCCAAUGGAUGUUCAGAUGGCAGUGUUCCUUUGUGCAGAUCAUUUUCUUCAACAAAUCAUGGUGACUAAACUGGCACAGUGUCAGUAUGCGAUCCCUCUGCUGGUACCCAAUCCCUUUAGUGGGAAAAUUGAAUUUCCUUUCUGGACAAUGCGGCAAAUCAACAAGAGCUGGAAGUCGACUGAUGCUUCAGGACAAAUCAUCAGCGAGACUCAACCUGUUUCCAAAGCAGAAACUCCAAUGGUGGCAUUCUUCAGGCUUGGGUCUGUUUCCUUAUCCAAGUCUCAGCUGAUCAACAACCUGAUUAAUGAGAGGCACAACACAUUUUUCCACAGACACUGUCCAGGCAGCAGCAGAAACCGUCUACUGAUGGAUGGAGUGGUGGAGAUCGCUUGGUACUGUCCAUCUGGGAAAAGCUCUGAACAUUUCACUGAAUGUGUUGAUUUCUGUAAUCUUCAUGGUGAUUCCAGCAGAGCUGUAACUCAGAGAGAGAUACUUACGACCACGGCCUCUGUAAAUGUUGUACUUUUGCCUAAGCUUGAUGAGGAUGAUAAUCAUAUGAGACUUGUAGAGGAGCUUUGCGAAUCCCUGACACCUCUCAUUGUUGUUCUUACUGAUGAAGAGAAUGAUGAUGAAGAUGAUGUGUGUGAGAUCGGUACAGGAAAAUACAGAGUGGAACUAAAAAGUGGAAGUCAGUCUAAUGCAUCUAAUGUACUCAGAAAUAUUAUCAGGAAAUGUCUUUCACAAAAACACAGGACCUUCAAUCUUGAGAAAAUGACCAACAACUCAGAGGUCAGUGUGGAUGAGCACAAUGAGGCCUGUAAGAGAGGAAAGGAAGCUGCACAAAAUAUAAUGGGUUUUCUCAAAGGAAAAGAUCCACUGAGGGUAAAAGAGAAAUAUCUGCCCUGCCAGGGAAAACUGUGGCACAACUGGUGCCAAACGAGCAAAGACUUACGACGACUUCAAAGUAACAACAUAGAAAACGAGCUCAGCAACAAGAAAACUGAAAUGAAGGAUCUCAGAAGGAAACAACAGAAACAUGGAUUCAGUGACCUCAUGAAGUUAUUUGUCGAUGGUUUGAUCAGUGAGAGAUUAAACCUGUCAGUCAGUGAGAGAGUGUAUUUCCGCAGAUGGACUGUAAUUGGGCUGACUGAAUUCACUUCAGAGAAACUCUCUACCAUCCAACAAGAUGAAGAAUCAAAGUUACAAAAAAUAUCAAAAGAACUGAAUGCUGCUAACUUUGGCUUGGAGCACAUGCUGAGAGAGAUGGGCCAGAUUUAUGAAGCCUCAGUCUCUGAAGAAAAAAGCAUGAGAGGGAACCAGGUUGGAAACAUGAAUAAACUGCCUGAACUUGCUGCUAAGCUCAUGAUAUCUGGGCACCCGAUGGAGCUGAUGGAUGGUGAUGCAGCUUAUGUUCCUCUAACCUGGGUUUCAGCUGUUUUAGAUGAAGUCAUCAGGAUACUGGGAGACCAGAGAGUUUUUGUGUUGUCAGUUUUGGGAAUUCGGAGCUCUGGGAAAUCCACCAUGCUGAACGCCAUGUUUGGGCUCCAGUUUGCAGUCAGUGCAGGCAGAUGCACCAGAGGAGCCUUUAUGCAGCUGGUUAGAGUUUCUGAGGACAUGAAGGAAGAGUGGAAGAUUGACUACAUUUUAGUUGUUGAUACUGAAGGUCUCAGAGCUCCAGAACUGGCUGGAAGCAACACCAUCCAUCAUGACAAUCAACUUUCCACAUUUGUGGUAGGAUUAGGAAACAUGACUUUGAUUAACAUCUUUGGAGAGAACCCAACUGAGAUGCAGGAAAUACUUCAGAUUGUUGUUCAUGCAUUCCUGAGGAUGAAGAAGGUCAGGCUAAACCCCAGCUGCAUGUUUGUGCAUCAGAAUGUUUCUGAUAUUACAGCUAGAGAGAAAAUCCUGGAUGGAAGGAGAAAUUUGCAGGAAACGCUGGAUAAAAUGACUAAAUUAGCAGCUAAAGAUGAAGACGACUGUGCAGAAAAUUUCACUGAUGUCAUUGCAUUUGAUGUAGAGCGUGAUGUGAAGUAUUUUUCACAGCUCUGGGAGGGUUCUCCACCCAUGGCACCACUAAACCCAUGCUACAGCAAAAACAUCCAAGGACUAAAGAGAGAUAUUCUUUCUCAUGCAAAAACUACAGAUGGCCUGAAAUUAUCACAGUUUCAAAAGCAUUUGAAAGAUCUGUGGAAUGCUUUACUGGACGAAAAUUUUGUUUUCUGUUUUAAAAAUGCACAAGAGAUCUCAGUGUACAGGAGACUGGAGCAGAAGUAUGGGAACUGGACCUGGAGUCUGAGGAGUGAAAUGAUGACUGUAGAAAACAAAGUGCUGAACAGAGUAGCCAGUGGAAUCAUAGAAACAGUCCAGAGGAAAGUUCUGAAAGAAGAAAUGGCAGGAACACUAAAGGAUGUCCAAAAUGCAUUUAAACAAUAUUUUGAAGAAGACAGUGAAAAGGAAACACUGAUUCAGGUGAAAUGCAGAUUUGAGACCCAAAUCCAGAACCUCCAUGAUGAUCUAAUAGAGGAAGCAAAGAGAAAAGUGGAUGAUAGCAUUCAGCAGAGAAGCAUGAGACAAAACCUUGAUAAGCAACGUGUGAGCUACGAGAAGACACUCUUUGAAAAGAGCAAAGAGCUUGCUUCAAGACUUAAAAGAGAAACUAACUGUAAAACGGACACAAGUAAGGAGUUUGAUUCCAUGUGGGAACAAUGGGUCUCUGAAAUAACUAAACAAGCUCCAAAAAUCAAAGAUGUCAACAUCUCAAAUGAGAUAACUGAAGUUGUGGGAGAGGUCUACAAACAUGACUUGGUUUCAAAUCGAAAGCGUUCUUCAAAGUAUAGAGGAAUUGGAAUUGUCAGUGAUUACAGCAGCUAUAUCCCAACUUCCAAGGGCGCGAUGAAAAGGAAUAUCGACAAAUUUUUGUGGAGAAAUCCAUUUACACCAGAGAACUUAAACCAACCAAUACGUGAUCUCAUUAAUCAGGUCACUGAACAAACCAAAAAACAGGUGGAGUCAUUUCCGUUCUCAACACAGGGAUACAAUUCACAUUAUAUUCAACGCAUUGCACAGGACGUCAAAACCCAGGUGCAGGAAUUUGAAACAAAAUUCAAGAAAGAUCGAAAGUUAUCUGAUGAUGUCUCUGUCUUUAACCAAGAUUUCUAUGUCGAUCUCUCACUUUAUGUGUGUGAACAGUCAGCACAAAGCAUCUCAGAGCUUCACAGGAAAUUCAGAGAAGUAAAUGAUCCACUUAAUUAUUUUGAAAAGAAAAGGGAUGAGUAUUUUAACAUCUUUCAGAAAUACUGUGAGGGAGCAACAUCAGCACCGAUACUUGGAGACCGGGUUUGCGGUAAACUGAAAGAAGCGAUUCUUCAGAGUGUCUACAACAAGAUCGCUCAAUUUGCGUCUGGACAGAUGAGAGAGAAAGCACCAUUUAAUGGGAACAGAGCUGAUCUGGAAAAACACAUUCUCAAGUCUUUAGCAGAGCAGAAGGGAGAUAAGGAUGAGAGGUUUAAAAACUACUUAACGUACACGUGCAAUCCUAAAGUCCACUUUGAGGAGUUCAUCAAGGCCAGGGUUAAAGAGUUCAUGGCAGCUGAAAACCCAAAAGCAGUUUCUGUAAUUGAAGAGUGCAUUGAUCAGAAACAGACCAGCAUCAUCACUGCUGCAACAAAGACGACAGAUGAAGUCAAACAUGUCAAAGGUGAUGCAAAUCAGUGGCUGGAUGUUUUUACUAAGAGCCUUGCAGAUGAGUUAGGAGAUACGAGAGUUCAGUUGUGUGAUGAAGAGUGUAAGAAUAGCAUUGACUUCGAUGUUCUUGUGGAAGCCAUAAGGAAGGAACUCCCAGCUGUUGUUGAAGAGUUAAAGAAACGUCUCAGUAAGAUUUCACACUUUUCCAUGGAGAAGUUCAGAGAAAGACCUGAUGAGAUUCUAAUCAAACAUUUCUGUGGGUGCUGCUGGAAACAGUGUCCUUUCUGUGGAGCCGUCUGUACCAACGGCCAAGAAGAUCAUCCUGGAGAACACAAUGCUGAUUAUCAUCGCUCCACUGCAGUGAGAGGAUCGUAUUAUGACGGCACAACAGAAUUCUCCAUAGAGUUCUGCAGAACAAAGGUAGCAAGUGACCGCUCCUUUUCCCCAUCCAGUGAAUCUGAGACUCUUGUUCCUUAUAAAGAUUACAGGAAAGCAGGUGGGGUGUUUGCUGAAUGGGGAAUCUCCACUGAUUUUUCCACGUUAGCUUACUGGAAAUGGUUUGUUUGUGAAUUUCAGGAAAAUCUUGAAAAAUGCAAUAACAAACAGUUUUGUGGUGACGGGGAGAUUCCUGCUGAGUGGAAAGAGUUUACCCUGUCAGAUGCUGUUAAAAGUUUAAGAAUACAUUAA